AUGGCGCCUAGAAUGCGUACGUUUGACGAUCGUAAUCUCGAGAGGCGGGCGUCGUUGAUCCUGUCCUGUAGUUUCAACAUCAGCAUGGAUCCUAAUGUCGACAUCGCCGAGACGUCGACCUGUACCACCUGUCGUUUCAAGGAGGACAAGUCCAACUACUGGACGGCAGUUAUGUACUUCAAACACCCUAACGGAAGCUUCAUUCGAGUUCCUCAAGCAGCGAACGGAGGAACAGGACGGCCUAACGGCGGUAUGACUAUCUACUACAUUCAGCCACCUGGAAACCUCCCUGUUACGGCGUUCCGCAAGGGCUUUAGGAUGAUUACUGGGAACCCUAUGAUCCGAAACUACGAUCACGUUCGCGCCGACAGCCCUGAAGCGUAUGCCUUGACGUACAGAUGCUGGGACGACGUGCCAUUCAGCGAUUGGGCGUACGCACCGGGCGUUGGUCCGUUCGAGAGCAUUCACCUUCCGAAGAAGAAAUGCCUCGGUGGUAUCCGAGCGAAUAUCUUCUUCCCAUCGUGCUGGGAUGGAGUGAACUUGGAUAGUCCAGAUCACCAUAGCCACGUUGCGUUCCUCCGGGCAAAGGUCCCUCCCCAAGGGAUCUUCUAUCUCAGCGGCGAAUGCCCAGAAACCCAUCCCGUUCGUAUCCCCCUUCUCUUUAUGGAGACCGUUUGGGAUACUCGAGCCUUCAACCAUCUGUGGGAGGAAGACGGGAGCGGGAACCAGCCUUUCGUUCUCAGCAUGGGUGAUCCAACUGGAUACGGACACCACGGAGACUACGUGUUCGGCUGGGAAGGUGAUUCGCUGCAGAGGGCGAUGGACCAUUGCUUAGAUCGGGGCGACUUCCCCGAUGACUGCAAGGAGCUCACGACUAUCUCCGAUGACGAAAUGAACCAGUGUGUUCAAGAACCUGUCGUAGACGAAGUGACUGAAGGCUAUCUUGCGAGUCUCCCUGGAUGCAAUCCCAUCCAAGAAGGUCCUGGCCCUGCAACUCUGGUUCCAAAUUGCGACGCCGUCUCGACGACGGGAUUCGCGCGACCCACCCCCAAUUAG